UUUCAAAGUUGAAAAACUUACUACGGUGAUUUUGAACUACUACGCCCUGGAUUAGGUGGUUGGACGAUGUGAAGGAGGAUCUACGACAGACGGUUGUAAGGACGAAGACCGAAACGAAUGGGGAAAACUUAUUCUGCAGGUUCUGAUCCUGCUAUUAGGACUAUCGCACCGAUUAAUAAGUAAUUGAUUUUGUCGUAAAUACUGAACGAAUUGCUUAAAUGCCAGUAUAAACAUUUAUCAGGAGGAGGUUUUAGACUGUGGUAAGAUGUGAUAGAUUUUGUUUAAAUCGUAAUCGUCAAUAUCUUGAUAUUUUAAACACCAUAUGUUCCGUCUAGCUUGUGUAGAUUUGUUUAAAAAUUUUAGUCCUUAUUUGUUUGGAUUACCAUAGAAUGUUUCGUAACCCAGAGAGUGAAGGUAGAAAAAAUGGAGUCGACGACCGGGAUUACUCAGACGGCGAAGACCUCAUCCGCAAUCUUAGCUUGGCUCACGAAAUGGCUCUGUGUGACAGGGUUCUGGCUACGACGUCGUCGGAUUACCACUCGGAAUCCCCCCUACGCGACUCCAUACAGUUCCAGAUGCACCAGGCGUUCUGGGACGCUUUUCAGGAGGAACUGGAACAGGACCCGCCGAAAUUAGACAUGGCUUACGUCCUAUUGGACGAAAUCAGAGAAAAGCUCAUUUCCGUCAUGACCCCGAACGUAAAGAAGAUGAAAGCGGAUGUGAACAGACUCCUCGACCAGGAGGACAUCAAAGCCAAAGUCGAAGAAGGCACGUUUGUCUUGGAGCUGUACGCCAACAGCGUGAUCUCCGUGAUGAAGAGGAUCUGCGCUCCCAUCCGCGAUAGCGACAUACUCAAGCUCGCCCAGGAAAAGGUUCCGGUCAAGAUCUUCAGAGGUAUCGUCGAAACACUGGAUUUGAUGAAAAUCGACUUGAUCAACUACACCCUUUCCGCGAUCAAACCGGACGUCGUUGCCAACGACAUGGACUACGAGCGGACCAAACUAGCCGAGUACAUUUGCAGAUUCGGCAAAGGCCUCCCGAUAACGAGAGCGUGGCUGCAGAAACACAAAAACCCGAAGAAGGACAUGAAGGAAGUCCUGUUCGACGCGUACAUGGACCUUUUGACCUGGCCGAACGAGUCGUACCCUGAAACCCUCGUCCUCGACUUCCCAAAACUGACCUAUUUGAAAAACGAAUACUACAGAGUCAUCAUGUUGUCCUCGAUAAUGUUCAUCGCUUAUACUUUCAUGCCGAUCAAGCUCAACCGCGACAAGGAAAUGAGGAAAAACCUGAAGGCGAAAAUCAAAACACUCUUGUCCGAGGUGAACGACGACACGCUGCUCAAGUCGAUAAUUCCGGAUAUAGUCGAACAGAUCAAGGAGGACGCAAACAGGGCGUUGAAAAAAAUUGACCGGCCAUCGCUCACCCAGCAUGAAUUGAAGAGCUUGGCAAGCCAGCUGUUGUCACUUAUCAUGUCGGACAGCAAAAUCAAGUAUAUUGUCAAGAUGCGUGUGGGAAACUUUUUGCGCAGCGUUCUCGACGACAAGGCGACAAGCGAAAUCCCAACUUCUCUCGGCUUCGUCAAAGACGAACUGACAGCCCUCAGCUCACAAUUUGCCUACAUCGUCGGCCACAAUUACUGUGUCUGCUCUCCUCACUACUCUAACAUUCUUCAAUCUUGAAUUACCUAGUUGUCGUGACAUGUGAAAAAUACACAACUCUGAAAAUGUUAACAUUUCAAAGCUUUUUACUUAA